AUGUCGAGAACGUAUCAUGGAAAAGUCCCUGAGGCAUUUGCCUUGGUAAAAUACGAAGAAGAGGAUCAGCAGAAAUUCGAUGGUGUUAGUACAAACAAUACAAUUUUGUUUAUGGCUGUCUUGGAUUUAAAUGAUUAG